AUGAAUAGUUCCCUGCAGAACCCGAUAUCGCCGUGGGGCGCGGGGAGCGGCAAGGUGCAUCACAGCGCUCUCGAUAUCAGCAUCAUCAUUUUCAUGACCAUUGCCCUAUACAACGCCAUCGAACUAGCGGUCCUUAUCCUACUAUGCUUUCGCCGCUACCGCAGCCUAUACUUCUGGUCUCUGUUGACAUCGGCCGUCUUUGGUGUGCCCCCAUACACUAUAGGGGUGGUUCUGCAAUUCUUUAACUUGGAGCCGUUAUGGCUGAGUGUGGUCAUGCAGAAUAUCGCAUGGAUCUUGAUGGUGCCGAACCAGUCUGUGGUGCUUUACUCGCGGCUGCACCUGGUGUCGCAAAGCACGGCAAUCUUAGGUUUCGUGCGGGUGUUGAUCAUUCUGAGCCUUCUUGUGAUCGUUUUGCCGACCAUCGUGUUAAAUGCGGGUUGGACCUUUAUACCAUCGUCUCCCGCGUGGGUGAAUGGAUACGCCACUAUGGAACGCAUCGAAGUGACUUGGUUUAUGACACAAGAGAGUUAUAUUUCGGGAGUGUAUAUCUGGGAAGCUAUCCGGCUGAUUCGGAUUAUUCCUAGCGACGAUAAGCGGCGACACCGAAUCCUAUAUGAAUUGCUAGCCAUCAACAUAAUGGCUAUUGCCAUGGACCUGGUGGUGGUAAUCCUCCAGUACCUCAACUAUUAUUUUUUGCAGUCUCUGUCGUACAUUCGCGAGGCUCAGGAAGGACGUUCUUGGGGAAUAAUCAUAUGA